GGGAGGGCGAGCGGGCGGCGGCGCAGGGCGGGCGGCUGGCCGGGGCAGGCCAGGUCUGGGGACCCGGAGGAGGUCGCACAGGACCAAGAGAGAGGGUCCUUGACUUCACAAAGUCACUUCGUGUGUGGUGAUUUGUUAUGCAGUCCUAGGAAAUGAAUGCCUCCUAGCUCUGCCUUGUAUUAGCCUAGAGACCCCGGGCCAGUUACCUGCCCUCUCUGAGUCUCACUUCUCUCCUCGGGAAAAUAGAGGUAACAUGUGAAGAACUCAGCAUGGUAGCAGGUACUCAGCAGGCCCUGGAUGGACGGGCCGUGGUCCUGUUUGCAGUCACUCCUGUUUGCAAUCACCGUCUCUGUCUCUGCCGACCUUCUGUCCACAGAUAAAGAAUAGCCUGCCCGUCCGAAAGGAGGUCUGCACCCAGAACUAGGCCCCCUCGAGGUCACCUUGAAGGGUCUGCGGAGGAAUCUGUGUCCUGGUGGCCUUGGGCAGCUGCGUUACUGGAUCGAGAUGACCACAGCCACCCCUUUGGGGGGUACCACCUUCUUCUCCUUGAACGUGACCACCAGAGAAGAAGACUUUCUGUACAAGAGUUCUGGAGCCAUUGUUGCUGCCAUUGUGGUAGUUGUCAUCAUCAUCUUCACUGUGGUUCUGAUCCUGCUGAAGAUGUACAACAGGAAGAUGAGGACCAGGCGGGAGCUGGAGCCCAAGGGGCCCAAGCCAGCCUCCCCAUCUGCCUUGGGCUCAAACAACAACAGCAGCCAACACCCUCCUACUGUGACCUUCAGUCCUGUUGACGUCCACGUGGAAACUCGAUGACCGCCCCCCACCACCAUGGUGCUAUCUUGGCCACCAUCCAAAGAGCCUUCUCCAUUCAAGAUCCAGAAGCACAUUUCUCCUCCGGCAGCUUCACUGAGUUCCUUCCCGUUCCGGUUGGGUCGACAAGGGGCAUCUCACGCAAGUCCAGACGCUCAGGCGGCCCCCCAACCCCACCCUGCCCCACCCUAGCUGCUCCACUUCCCUGCUGCCACCCUUUCAGAAAGCUGUGGAACAUUCUUUUGUGCUCUGAUGAGGAACGGCUGUGCUGGGAAUCCACUGCAGUGGGUGUAGCUGUCUUCCCCACCGUUGCUAGACAGCCCGCCCAGGGGUCUUCUGGUCUAGAGUCAGGAGUCCAAGCAUGCUCCCAAGUAUAUCACCAAAGGGUCUGCUCUUGAGGUCCGGUCAUAAUAAGUGCUGUAGCCACAGCUUUGCAGAGCAAAAUAUUCCAUGCCGUUCAUCAGGCACAGGGGAACUAACUUGGGCUAACUAACCAAAAAACUAACUUGUUAAUCUAUAACUUGCUCCAGUACUAGAUGACUGCUAGCUAGCUCAUGACAACCAGUUAGCCGAAUUCUCCGUCUUUAAGAAAGGUAAUGGGAAAGACAGUUCUUCUCAAAAGUUUUCUACUUAAUCAUAGAGACUCAGAGAAGGAAUAGGGUGACCUUGAGGAAAGAUGGCCUCUAGGCCAAAAGCUUAGUAUAGUGUCUGUGGGCCUGAAUGAGCCAGGAGCGGGUCAGAGCCUCUCCUCUCCCUUUGGAGCUGGAUUAAGCCUGACUCAGUCUCAUUUCUUGGCUUCCCUUUGGAUUCUGAGCAAUCCUCUCUCUCUCCGGCCAUACCUUCCCUCCAACAACCAGUAUUAGAGACUGGUAAGAUUACAGCCCUGUUUAUGUGACCUGUGUCUGUCCCAGUCACCCUCGAAGCCCCAAAUUCGAAAAGUGUUUCUCUGUACGGAGCUGAUCUCUUUAACUCUUAGCCCAGAGAACAAUCCAUUGAGAGGGAAAAGCAUUUUGAAAUUAAAGCUUCCCUUCCAAGCCCUACUUCCUGGUCAUGUGGACUUGAAAGAAUCACAUGAAAGCUCUAUAUUGGGCUUGCUAACCAUAAGACUCACAGACUGACUUUAAUGAGUGAAGGACUUGGUAGAGCCACUCAGGUGGUCCCUGGCACUCAGCAGACACUUAAUAAAGGAGAGCCGGCAUUAUUGUUACAGUAUUUCUUCAACUGUAAAACAUAUUUGUUCACAUGCUAAUGAUUCUGAAAUCAGAAUAUGUCUUUAAAUUGAUGGGUCCAUGAAUGUAGCGUUUUUUUUCUCUCUCCAAAAGCUAUUUUUUUUAUUCAGUUGUGCACCGUACAAUUGAAGGCAUCUUGGAAGCGAGGUAAUAAAUAUUGAAUCUGUUGCAGAAAGUGACACCGUCUGACCUUUAACCUUAAAUUCUAGGGGUCUCUUCCUCUUGGAGUCAGAAAUCUCUUCUGAGGGGAACUUGAAGGUCAGGAAGGUAUGAAGGCUGACCCAAGGUCAUGGAGUCAUGUCAUCCCACUAUAAA